AUCUUUUUACUUCUAGUUGUAUUGUAAAGUAUGGGUUAAAUGAGCAUCAAACAAUAGAAGCUGCAAAAGCAUAUUUAAAGAAGCUUCUCUGUCAGUUUAUUACAAUUGGAAACUUAAACGAUGGACAAAUAUUUGGUCAUUUGCUCUAAGCUUUCUGGAUUGGUUCCUCCUAUCCAAUCGUUCACCGUGAAGGAGAAGCAAUAUCAUUAAGUGCUGGUAGUCCCAGUAAAAAAAGGCCGUAUAUAAACACUUUACUCUUCCAUUGGGACCAAAUGUGUUCACAGUCACCUAUAAAGGAUGUGCUUUAGUGGCAGGUAAAUGGUACAUUUCAUCUCUUCAAACAAAGCACGCUGCAUUUGUUUGCCCAGGAUGUCCACUUUCAGGCCAACAAGUGACGGAAAUGGUGUUUAUUCCACAUAAAGGUCUCCAUUGCCAAGGUGGUCCUGGGGGUCUUCGGACUGGCCGUGGUGGUUGUUCUGAUCACGGUGCCCACCGUCAUUUAUUUGAAAGAGGAGAAGCAUGGAAGCGUUGACAGGAAGUCCUUCACAUUGGCGGAUGUCUUCAACAGCUCCCUCAAACCCAAGGCUUACAGCAUGAGGUGGAUCUCAGAUAAUGAGUAUCUCCGAAGGCGAGAAGGCUCUGUCUAUCUCCACAAUGUGGCCACAGGAGAGUCCUCUGUGUUCCUGAGCAAAGAAAAGUUCAAUGAAAAAGGCGCCACCGACUACCAGCUUUCGGGGAACCGCAGAUACGUGGCGUUUAUGAGCAACCACAGCAAGCUGUGGAGGCAUUCAUUCACAGCUUCGUAUUCGCUGUACGACCGCACAUUGGACAAAUUCUUGGAACCCUCUGACCUUCCUCAACAAGUCCAAUAUUUGGCUUGGGCUCCUGAAGGCAACAAACUGGCUUUUGUUUGGAAAAAUAACGUGUACGUAAAGACUAGCCCAGAUUCUCAGCCUCAGCAAGUGACGUUUAACGGGAAGGAGGACCUCGUGUUUAAUGGAAUUCCAGAUUGGGUUUAUGAGGAGGAGAUGUUCUCAUCCAACCAGGGACUCUGGUGGUCCCCAGGAGGAAAAUAUGUGGCCUACGUCCAGUUCAACGAUACAGAGGUCCCCACUGUGGAGUACCCUUGGUUUGGGGAUGGUCAGUACCCCAGUACUGUUUCCAUCCCAUAUCCAAAAGCAGGUUCCCCCAACCCAGUCGUGAGCCUAUUCAUUGUGGACACUGACAACACAACGCAUAUUAGCGAAGUUCACGUCCCAGAACCGUUUCGCUCCAGCGAGCACUACUUGGCCACCGUGACCUGGGGAACAGACCACCGUCUUGCCGUCCAGUGGCUAAAGAGACUCCAAACCCACCUCAUCCUUCAGAUCUAUAACCUCAAUGGCUCCACUUGGGUCCCAGUUGAGCAUCUGGAUGUGCAAAGCUCCUCUGGUUGGAUUGGACGGUUUUCGCCACCAGAUCCCGUUUUUGCUGCAGAUAAGAAGAGCUUGUAUUUGCUGAUGAGUGACAGCAAAGGCUACAAACACAUCCAUCACGUGGUGCAGGGCAACGCCACAGCAAUCACCACGGGAGAAUGGGAAGUCGUCGACAUUCAGAAAGUUACUGCAGAUAGCGUAUAUUACUCUGGCAACCAAGAGGGUGGAAAACCUGGAGGAAGGAAUGUUUACAGGUGGACAAAGGGAGACGUCACGUGUCUAACCUGCAGCCUAAGCGGCGACAACUGCCAGUACAACUCGGCGUAUUUCAGCCACAAUGCAUCCUUUUACCUCAUGAGCUGCAGAGGUCCCGGCGUUCCAUACAGUUCUCUGGUGGAUAACAGAGACGGCACGGAGCUGAAACGUUUGGAGGACAAUAAGGAGUUCAUCCAACUGAUAUCGCACAUCCAAAUGCCCAGCAUGCGUCGCGGCACUGUCAGGAUUGCGGGAUACAAUCUUUGGUACCAAAUGUUUUUGCCACCAGGCUUUGAUGAGUCCAAGAAGUACCCCUUAUUGCUGGAUGUGUAUGCUGGUCCGUGCAGCCAGAAGGCGGACUUCAUGUACAGGGUGAGCUGGUCCACCUACCUGGCCAGCGAGGAGAAAGUCAUCGUCGCCAGCUUUGAUGGGAGAGGCAGCGGUUACCAGGGUGACAAACUCAUGCACGAAAUCUAUCAACGUCUAGGAACCUAUGAGGUGGAAGAUCAGAUAACGGCAGCCAGGGAAUUCAUCAAAAUGGGAUUUAUUGACAAAGAUCGAGUUGCCAUUUGGGGAUGGUCUUACGGCGGCUAUGUGGCGUCCAUGGCUCUGGGAUCUGGAAGCGGCGUCUUUAAAUGUGGGAUGGCAGUUGCUCCAGUCUCCAAAUGGGAAUAUUAUGAUUCCAUCUACACAGAGAGGUACAUGUUGAAGCCGGCUGACAAUCCUGCAGCCUAUUCGAACUCAACAGUAACUGCACGGGCCAACAACUUCCAUGCAGUGCAGUAUCUUCUGGUGCACGGAACAGCUGAUGACAACGUGCAUUUCCAGCAGGCAGCUGAGAUAUCUGAAGCUCUGGUGGAGGAGCAGGUGGACUUUGACGCCAUGUGGUACACGGACAAGGACCACGGGCUCGGUGGUUCUGCCUAUCAGCACGUCUACACGCACAUGAGCCACUUCCUGCAGAGAUGCUUUGCAUGAAGCCCACGGAUCAACACAACUCGCAUAAAGCAGACUACUGUACAUUCAACUGCCCCUUUUCGAGGCUCUGGCUGCAUUGCUACUGUAUAUUGUUCCUAAUGGAUAAUCAUCAUCACUGUGCCCUUCCCAUCUACGCAACACGUCCACUCGGAGACCGGCUAAUGCUAUUAAUAAUUCCAUCCAAUCACAAUUUCAGAAUUUCUAGCUUGAAGCUAACGUUAGCCACUGUAAAGAGUUGUUCCUGUAGCGCAGGGGUGUCCAAAGGGUGUCCCAGCGAGGGCCACACAGUGAAAAAUGAAAGGUUGCAACUUUGCCACUUUCAUAUUUUGGAAAGUAAAAAAGAAAAGCUCUUUAUUUCCCAUUUUUGCUCAUUUUUUUCCCAAUGAUUUCAACUUUCUUCUUGUAAAUUUUCUUUUUGUGAUCAUUCAUGACUUUGUUCCCAUGAUAUUUUGACUUUAUUCCCAGAAUAUUAUAACACUAUUACAAAAAUUGCAUUAUUUUUCCUCAUAAUAUUACAUCAUUCUCAUAAAAUUAUGCCUUUUUCUCCUUAGAUUACAACUUUUUUGGUUUAAUAUUUAGUUUUCUCCAUUUUUGCUGUUGCCUUUUUUUGUUUUGUUUUUGUUCUUUUCCUGUUGAACAAAAUUUUCAGAAUGUGCCGUGGGCCAAUGAAAAACCCCAGCCACAAUGGCCCCCGUGGUCGCACUUUGGACACCCCCACUUAAACAGUACAUCUACGAAAUGGAACAAACAUCCGCUAAACGCGCAGCAAAAAAUGUAAGAAACUAUGAAACACUCCAAGAAUGUCAUUAAUAAUUUCAUAAAACCAUCAAGAUUUCCAUAAUAAACUUCACCUAGCUUAUGGCUAACGUUAGCCACCGUGAACGGUGCAAAUAAAAGUAUUACUUCUCUAGCGCUAAAACUCACUGGUCAUUAAAUGAAUUCGUUCAUUGUUGGCGUUACACUGAAAUGAUUCCCACCGCAAGCAAUGAUGCGUUCCCUAUGAUUGGCUCAUAAAUUCUAGCUUCCUGUCACUUCUUGAAAUGUGAAGGCGAGUUCAGCUUUCUAUUGGCUGUAAUCUUCGUAAUGACAUGUCAGUCAUUGAAAUCGGACGGUGCAUUCAGGACACAGUAUACGGUUUCAUUACCAUCAAAGCUCUGCAAAAAAUGUUAAAAACUACGAAACACUCGGAGACCAGCUAAUGUCAUUAAUAAUUCCACAAACCAUUAAGAUUUCCACCAUAAACCUCACCUAGCUUAUAGCUAACGUUAGACAGGGUUGCAAAUAUUUUUCCUCUAGCGCUAAAACUCACUGGACAUGAAGACAAAACAGCACAGAGAUGAGCCUAUUAUGGUUAUGAAUCUGGUCUUGCCUUUGCUCUUUCUCUUCAUAACUUUGUUUCCUAUGAAUCAAUUCGUUCAUUGUUUGGCGUUACACUGAAAUGAUUCCCACCGGAGCCAAUGACGCUUUUCGCAUUAUCCUGUCUCUUCUUGAAAUGUGGAGGCAGGGUCUGCUUGCUAUUGGCUGUAAUGACAUGUCAGUCAUUGAGAGCAGACGUUGCAUUCAGGACACAGCCACCCAUACCUACACGUUUAUUACUAGUGUAAAAACUUUAUAACAUGUUGCUUUGAUCAUUUGUUUGACUUUUUACAUUGACUCAUUCAUACUUAUAAAGGGGAGUUUAAGACUAAAUUCAUAUUUCUUUCAUUAUGUGACAAUAAAAAUCCACAGUUUUUACUUACCCAUUAAUUAAAAAACCCACA